AUGCCCCCACGUCUAUUUUCCCAGCCUUCGGUGAAGGCCCUGACCGGUUCCAUCUCCGGCCGGAGCCCGCUGGUGUCUUUGUCGCGCGCAACCAGGUCUACCGUGAGGGCAGCCUCCACCAAGUCCAAGCCUCAACAGAAAACCACAGACUUCUUCCGAGCCUCUCAGGCGCGUCAACGCAAGGCGGCCAACAUCUCCCGCCAAAAGGACAUCCAGGCUGAGCGGGAGGCCUCACUCGGUGACCCCGUGGAAAGUCAACCGACACCUUUCAUUCAAGAAAUCCAGGCCAUUCAGAAUGGCACCCAAACCCCCUCAAGCUCCGACCUCAACUACUACCUUAAGUCCGAUGAAUUGAGUGGGGCGUUUCAAUUCUCCAAGGACUUGACCGAGCCGCUCCAGAACCCGGAUCGCGAUACCGCAGACCCUCAAGCCGAGAAGGAAAUUAUCGAGUUGCAUCAGCAACAACACCACAAUGCGGAGGAGGCUAUUCAGCGCAUUGUGAACCUCAACAAUGGCAAUACCAAAGAUCGUCUCCGUCUCAUCGUCCAAAAAUGCAUUGAACAAUUUGGUCGACACAGCACCGAUACGGUUUUACCACCCAAGCCUGCCAGUGUGCAAGAAGAGUCCGCGACCAACCACCUUGAAAAAGUUCCUCGUGUUGGACCCGACACCGGUUCUCCCGAGGUUCAGGCAGCUAUCCUCACAGCCAAGAUUAUGAACCUCUCUCGACACCUGCAGUCCUCCAACAAGGAUAAACACAACCGCCGCAACCUUCAGAUCCUUGUCCACAAGCGACAGAAGCUUCUUCAGUAUAUCCGCAGGAAGGAGCGUGGUGGACCCAGAUGGCAAAACUUGAUGGGCACGUUGGGUCUUUCCGAGGCGGCGUGGAAGGGAGAGAUUUGCCUGUAG